AUGUUGAAGCGAUUGGCUCUCUUUUCACUUGCCGCUGCUGGCGCUAGCGCAGCUCCACAGCAGAUCAAUUAUAGCACUCCUAAUGGCUUCUGGUACGCUGAUAUGGACCAUACAAGCGACUUCAGAGGCAAAGCCCCUUACGUUGCCGACUCCUACGAAGUAUUCAAGACAGUAACUGCCGGUGACGGCAAAGCCAUCCAGGAUGCCAUUGACUCGGGUAACCGCCACAAGAUGUGGCUCGCCUCAGAACCACGGGUCGUCUAUCUUCCUCCUGGUACAUACGAAGUUGAUAGUACUAUCACGCUUCGCACAGACACUAUACUCAUGGGAAAUCCAGCCGAUAUGUCGCUAACUUUUCUGACGCCUCCUAUUAUCAAACCUGCUACAGGUUUCAAAGACAUGUUCCUCGUCAAUGGUACGGAUCCAGCAGUUGGAAUAUCUGGUGAGAUUUCUUUUGCCGUUGGUGUGAAAAAUAUUAUUCUAGAUACUACCGCUGUCACUGCCAGCAGUGGGUUCACAGCGCUGUAUUGGGGUGUUGCUCAGGUUUGUCAACUACAAAACAUCCGAAUCAAGAUGCCCCCGGCUGGGAAGGAUUCAGGGCAUUCUGGCAUUAGACUUGGACGUGGCUCUACUCUCGGCCUCGCAGACAUUAGCGUCGAAAAUGGCAUGAGCGUCAAGUUCAUCCGCAAUACCAUUGGACUGCGCAUUGAUGGCGGUAACACUAUUACGGUGUUAAACCCCACGUUUGACACUGUUGGGACUCCUGUGAAGCAUAACUCAGGCGCACCGUUCGUGGGUAUCAUUGACGGAAAGUCAAUUAACUCUGGCAUCACUUUCGACUCCUCAAAUUAUCCAUCUGUCUUGAUCGAGAAUCUAUCCAAGGACACAGACUCUGAUGUGGUGAGAUUGCCUAGUGGUGUGGCCUUGGGAAAGGCUAGCCACGUCAACACCUUCACGUACGGAAACACAGUUGGACGAGACCCUGUGUACGGCGGUGAAACUUCUAACACUACCAGACCCGCAGCUAUUGCUCCCGGUGGUCGAAUUCCUGCUGUUGCGGCUCCUACAUAUGGAAACCAUCCAGUUGGUGAUUUCAUGAACAUCAAGGAUCCCAAGCAAAAUGGAGGUCAAGUCAUCAAAGGCGACGGCAAGGGGAACGAAGUUGAGGCUCUGACUGCUGCGCUUAAGUAUGCAGUUCAGAACAACAAGAUUGCCUACUUUCCGUUUGGGGACUAUCGCAUCGAGUCUACACUUACUAUUCCGAUCGGUUCCCGUAUCAUAGGGGAGGCAUGGGCCACAAUCUCAGCAGCCGGUGACUUUUUCAAGAACGCUAACGAUCCCAAACCGGUGGUACAGAUCGGUAGUCCCGGUGAUGUGGGCACAAUCGAAGUGCAGGACAUGCGGUUCACUGUCGCUGAUGUUCUCCCUGGAGCUAUUAUUCUCGAGGUCAAUGCGGCUGGCAGUAAGCCUGGCGAUGUGGCCAUUUGGAACUCGGUUAUUACCGUGGGUGGCACAUUAGGUGCAAAAGACUUAACCAACAACUGCCGCGAUGCUUCGAACCCUUGCCAGGGUGCCUACAUCGGCAUGCAUUUCACAAAGGAUUCUUCAGCCUACGUGGAGAACGUGUGGAAUUGGGUGGCUGAUCACAUCACUGAGGAAUUUGAUGGCGGGUCAAGCAUCGCUGGCAAGGGUGGUGCUCUUGUUGAAUCGACAAAGGGUACCUGGCUACACGCUUUGGGCAGCGAGCAUUGGUGGCUGUACCAACUCAAUCUGCGCAAUGCCUCCAACGUGGUUGUCAGCAUGCUUCAGACAGAGACGAACUACGAGCAAGGCGCAAAAGCAGAGAAGUUGAUGCCAAGCCCGUGGAACCCUGAUAAGGGAGGCUGGGGAGAUCCAGAUUAUGCCUGGUGUGGUAGUACCGACGGUUCCUGUCGCAUGGGAUUGUCGAAUUAUGUUAACGGCGGAUCCAACAUCUACUACUAUGGUUCAGCUUCAUGGGCAUUCUUUAAUGGACCUGGAUACCAGAGAUGUGAAGACGAAAUGAAAUGUCAAGAAUUCAUCCACUGGAUUGAAAAGACCCCGGAGAACUUGCAGAGUUUCGGCUGGUGUGCUAAGGCUUCCAGUGUUGCCCUGCGUUUAGGUAAUGGCGAUAAGAUUAUGACUCAGCCUGACUUCGGAGGCUCUUGGGGAAGCCUUGUCGGACGUUACACUCCGUGGGUAGAAUAG